GCCACUUAGACCUGUGAAACCGAACCUCUGAAGAGCUGCGGGGGGAAAAUAAAAGUGCCGCUUUGCAAAAUGAUGAUGGCAAAUUCAAACCCCGUGCCUAAAUUGUAUAGGUCAAUAAUUGAGGAUGUCAUUGAAGGUGUACGUGAGAUCUUUGCUGAUGAAGGUGUGGAGGAACAAGUACUGAAAGAUCUUCAGAAGAUGUGGGAGUCUAAGAUUAUGCAAUCAAAAGCAGUUGAAGGCUUUGCGAAAGAUACCUUGAAUCCCUCAAACUUUGUAUUGCAACUUCCAGCAAACUUUAGUCAAGCACUGCAAAAAACAGCCUCCAUAGUAAUACCUGCUGGUCAAAAUGUUCAGAAUUUUACUACAGAUAUGAACUCUACAGGGACAAGUGCAACUUUCACUCUUCCUCCUGGUGUUGGUUACCCAGUUCAAAUACCAGCUGGAGUGACACUGCAAACAUCAUCUGGUCAUUUGUAUAAAGUCAAUGUUCCAGUAAUGGUGACUCGGGCACCAGGGGGUCAGAGAAUCCUUCAGCAACCAAUUCAGCAUUUAGUUGAGCAAAGAAACCAAGUAGGGGGACAAGCCAGCAUUGUUCAUCCCAACACACUUCCAGUACAGGCCACUGUCAUUCAGGGAUUCCCUUCACAAAGAAAGGAAGUCCUCCAACAGUGUUCUACACGACCGCUCCUCCAACAGCAACAGUUGAUCAUUGGGCAAGGUGUUCAGCCAAGACCAGCAGCUGUACAGCAACCUAUAGCCGUUCAGCAGCAAGUGCCAGUAAGUCAGGUGCUAAUACAGCCAAAUGACUUUGAGAAUCACAAGAGUGUAGAAACCCCACGAUAUAACCAGCAGCAGGCUGGUGUGAUCCAGGGAUCUGACACUCCACCGCUCACUUCUGACCAGCUAAGCAGCUUGGAUGAAAUCCCUGAUCUGCAGCAAUUUAUAACAAAUCAGAGUUCAGAUACUGUUGAAGUGAUGCAUAAAGAUGAUGAUGAUGGUGGUGGUGGUGUGGGAGUUUUUGUUGAAACAUCUAGCAAAUCUGAGUACAGUGAUGCAAAGACAAGUAACCCAGAAUAUCAAGUGGAAUGUUUCUUGUAUUCAAUUUUUUUUUGUUUUUCUGUUAUGAUUCAAACAAAGGAUUUAAACUAUAAUGCCAUUGAAGAUAUACUACAACUCGAUGGUACUUAUGAUACAUCUUCCGAUGAGGAUGUAGGAAAUAUGAGAGAAGUGGGGGGAAAUGAAUUUAUGGGAGCUAUUGAUAGAGAAGAUCUAAAAGCACUGGAAGAAGAUGGAAGCAGCUCCACUGAGAAAUCUUCCAGUGAUGGUGAAGAUGACGAACCUCGUGUAGAAAUAAUCGAGGAAGAUCCUUUAAAUUCUGGAGAUGAUGUAAGUGAACAGGAUGUGCCAGACCUUUUUGAUACUGACAAUGUUAUUGUUUGCCAGUAUGAUAAGAUUCAUCGGAGCAAAAACAGAUGGAAGUUCUAUCUUAAAGAUGGUGUUAUGAGCUUUGGUGGAAAGGAUUAUGCCUUUUCAAAAGCCAUUGGUGAGGCAGAGUGGUAAAAAAAAAAAAAUAGUGGAAUAUAGUAGCCAACAAAUUAGAUUUUCCUAAACAAUGAUUUUGUCAAGUUUAUUUUGAUGCCAUAUAGAAGGCAGAUGUUUAAAAUAUGCAUUUAUUUUAUUAAAGACUAUUUAUUUUUUGUUUGAGAA